CUGUACACUCUGCACAGACAUGACUGGGAGACACGUACGCUCACCUGGGUGUGUACACUCCUUCACAUGAACAGACGCAGGUACGUGAAGCAGCUGUCGGCUCGACCUGACAGUCGCUGAAUCCUGGACCUGAAGAGGAGAGAGCGGAGGUAUGGAGCAACACGGAGGAAGCAUGUCUGUGUCCGAGGGCAGUCCAAAACAACCAAAGUCCAGAUCAGGCCCUGAGUUCCUCGGCCUGUCCCGCUGUGCCGGCUGCUACAACCAGAAGGCCAGCUCCAUGCCUCGGUGGGGGGGCGACGGGGAGUCCAGCUCUUCAGCCGAGGACUCUGGUCCGGAGGUGGACUGUGAGUCCGAAUCAGAGUCUACCUCCAGCAGCAGCUGCUCUGGGCCUGUCGAAGCAGAAACACCUGAAACAGAGAGGAGCUCGCCUGUGUGUGGAGGAGAGGACGGCGCCGGACGGGAGGAGACGGGAGAGACGUCGUCGCAGAGGCAGCAAGAUGAAAACAAGAAAAGGCGGAUGAUUCAAAGAGCUCCACUUGUCAAGUCUUUCUCCCUGCCUUCCUCCUUUACUCCUAACCUCACCCCUCUCUCCUUCUUGCCCCGCCCUCCCGGGGUCGUCUCCACCCUUCACCUGGAGGUGUUGCCCGAGAAACACAGCGAUAACACCUUCGUCACCAUCCGCCGACACCUGUCUGAGAGAGAGAGCACAGGCUGUCAAGACAACAUCUCAAAUCCAGAGACGUCACCCUCACGGUGGCGCCCCGGGGAAAGUCAGCGGGACUCCUCCUCUGGGGACCAUGAAUAUCUGAACCACUACUUCCAACAGCUGAUGAGAUAUUUCAGUCUGGAUGAGAGCUAUCAUGUCAACACGUGCUCACUGCAGGGCUGCUAG